GGUGUACCACUCUCAGCAGCACGCCCUCGAGGCGAAGCUGAGGCUGAAGAUGACGGAGGCGAAGUCCCUGCGGAAGGCCAGCUCCGACAGGCAGGGGGCCGACCUCAUCAGCAGCCUGGAGAUGGAGGCGGCGCAGGAGGAGAUCAGCGAGCUGAGGGACCAGAUCCAGCGCAUGCAGCACAAGCCGAAAGACAAGGACAGGCUGUCGGUCCUGGCGGUCGUCGCGCACCACGUCCCGGCCAAGGCUGGCGGGGAGGCCCGCCGUAAUUCCGCGCUCAAGGAGACGCUGAAGGCCAUGCAGGAGUGGCCCCUGACCAAGAUGACCACUUACGUGCUGACUAACAAGCUCGUGGAAAACGCUCACGUCAAGGAUAUGGUCACGGGGCAAAUCCUCGUUUCUUCGGACGAGCCUGUCUGCAGCGAGACCUGGAAGCACAAAUUCUGCGUGCCGUGGGAGGCGAUCCGCGCGCUGCGCAGCGCCAGCGCCGGGGGCGAGCCGACCACCAAGUUGGGCUUCGAGCUCGUGGGCGAGCCGAAGUUCGACUUCUACGUCUACACCGAGACAUCAUCAUCCCAGAGCCCACCUUCCACUUCUGGCACUCCCACGUGGACGCCCUGUACAAGCGGGGUUACCUGCUGCUUCCCAUGCGUGCCGAGGACGACAAGCUCCUCACAAACGACGUCAUUGCCGUCGACUGCUUCGACGCGGAGUGCGUGA